GUGUUUGAGGGCUUCAACAGCACGCAGAUCGAGACCUCGGAGACGGUGAUCAACCUCAAGCACGGCGGCAGCGGGCCGCCCGUGCUGCUUCUUCACGGCUAUCCGCAGACGCAUGUGAUGUGGCACAUGGUUGCGCCGAUGCUGGCGGAAAGGCACACCGUGGUAGCCCCCGACCUACGAGGUUAUGGUGACAGCGGCAAGCCCUUGGUGGGUGACGAUCCUGAGACCUACUGCAAGCGCCGGACGGCACAGGACCAACUUGAGGUUAUGACGGCGCUGGGGCAUCCGGCCUUUCACGUUGUGGGGCACGACCUGGGCGCCCGAGUCGGUUACCGCAUGGCGUUGGACGCGCCGGAUCGAGUGCUGAGUUUCACUACCCUGGACGUGGCUCCGUCGCAAGCGGCCUUCGAGGCAAUGGACAGCAGCCUGGCCUUCGCGUGGUUUCACUGGAACCUGAUGCGGCAGCCGGAGCCGUUUCCCGAAACGCUGAUCGGAAGCAACACCAAGUUUUACCUGGACUUCCUGCUGGAGCGCUGGACGGCGGUGGAUGGCGCGAUCACCGAAGAGGCGUACGCGGAAUACCUGAGGUGCUUCUCCGAUCCUGAAACGAUCAGGGGUUCUUGCGCCGACUACCGGGCCAUCGACGUGGACCUGGCGCACGACGAGGCCGACCGCGGGCGAAAGCUGGGCUGCCCGGUGCUGGUCCUGUGGGGCGGCAAUGUGGCAAAGCGACCGGGCUGGCAGACGGGGCGGGGGCUGGACAUGCUCGAUGUCUGGCGGGAGCGGGCGAAGGACGUUCGGGGCCAUGCGAUCGACUGCGGCCACUUCCUUGCGGAGGAGGCGCCUCAGGAGACUACGAGGGAGAUCCUGGGGUUUAUCGGCAGCGGUUAA